AUGAAACUGUCAUUGUUCCUUGCGCCAUUGGCGCUCGCCGCCGGCGUCGUGGCCCUCGCAACCCCUAAGCGUACUGACUGUCAGCAAGGCUGCCUCUCCCAAGCACAGGCCGAGUCGAUUAUCAGCCAAUACAUCUCAAUCCUCGAACAUGGAGACGUGGCUGCCGCCAAUGCGACUGCCCAAGCACUUCUCGACCCAGGCUAUACCGAGACAAGCGACUCGAUCCUGUCACUCGAGGGACAGCCGCUCGGCACUGUGACCUUUCAGGGUAAAGACGGGUAUAUCGAAGGGGUGUUGAAUUCACCUCCUGUGGAAGGCAUUACCACGAUCGAGAUCCUCGUGGCCGGUUGCACCAAGAUCCUCUGGUAUUGGAACUUCCUCGGGAUCGGCACCGGUGAAUAUGAGGUCAAGGGCUUCAAUCUCUUCACCAUCACACCUUCGCUCCAGAUAUCCGCCGUCGACCUGGAGUUCAACAGCAUUGCUUGGGGUCUGGAUACUGGGUACCAGGUCAUUCCUCCUGCCGAUGGUGGAGCUCCUACUCGCAGAUGA